AUGCAGAAUUUAACACGGUUUAACGAUUUUCCUAGUAGUAUAUCUGCAUGCGAAAUUAACAGGAAGAAAGCUACUUAUUUCUCAAACGCGUCUUUCAAUAAAAUACCGGACACGAGUCGCGUUUCAACUACCGAAGAAUUAUUGUCACCUGUUGUUGUUAGUAGUAGCUGGGACUUGGCUCCCGCAACUAAUAUUUCACGAUACGACGUGCUAGAAUCACCUAAACCAACGAACCGAGUAUUUAAUAAUAAUUUAGAAAGAAAACUUUCUGUAGGCUGGAACGAAUUUCUGGAUGAGGACUUUUUCGGCAAUUUUGAUAAUAGCCCUAGGGACAUCGCAGUUAACGAAAAGGACAAAAAUGAGGUAAGGGCUGACAAAGACGACAUUACAAUAAUCGAAAAUUAUAAAGAUCAUACUGCAAUCGAAGUUGUAACCUCAAGUCAUGUUACAUGUGAACCGAUUCCUCCUCCGAAGAGUAGGAAGUCUACAACGAAAAACAACAAAACAGACAAAGUAAAGAAAGUUAAAAAUGUAAGAAAAUGUUUCCGAAAAGAUAAAUAUAACAAAGCGGUAAAGAAUUGGCUAAACGACGUAGAGAGCAAUGUUGAUAAAGCCAUUACAUCAUCAGAUGUUAACUACGCGAGAGAGGGUAUUAACGAUAAAAAGAAUACGAAAAUAGACAAACAUAUAAAUAAAAAAGUGAAGAAAAUAGUACAAGCUAGACUUGCUAAUAAGGGAGGAAUAAUGAAAUAUUCAAAACCAAAGAUGACCGACGGAACAGAAGAUCAAAACUCUAACAAAAAAUCAUCUUCCCCAAUCAAUAACUUUAAACUUCCAGCAUCCGAAGAAACUUGUGAGAAUUUCCAGGAAAAACCACUGCAAAAAGAACAACAAACAAUGGAUAAACCUAAACCAAAAGAAGAUGUAAAAAUAAAGGAAAAGAAGGCAAGAUCAAAGUUCGUAGCACCGGUGCUGACUCCACUACCGGUCAAGGAUGUUACAUACGAGAUAGAAAUUUUAGACCAGCAACAGCAAGGAAAUACCUUGUUUAAUUCCGAGAACACUGAAAUUCUAAUGGUGUUAAUUUAUGGUAACGGCUUCAACCAGUUAAACUGCCAGUACGCAACCACGGACGCGCCGCCCGAGGGUAUCGUGUUCGGUGUCGGAGACCAAUAUUAUUAUAUCAAGAAUUUUACCGUUUUCUCUGAGGAAGCAUUUUGCCGCGUAAUAAGCAGCAACAUUCUCAUCUGCUUCCACGCCAAGGAUGUGUUGAUAUUCCUCAUGAAGCACUAUGACCUCGCAUCGUGCUCCUACAAUAUAAUAGAUUUGAAGGUUGGCGGAAGCCUUCUCAGUCCCGACGAGCCUCCAGAUUCGUUCUCCAAGCUGCAGAAGCUCGUGGGCAGCAGCUCCCAAUUCUCCAUAGCGUCAGAGUGUCCUUUGCAGAAGUGCGCGCGUUACAUGGCGCUGCUGAGAGAGUGCGGUGGGAUUGUGCGAGGGAUGCUCAAAGACGCCGGCAUGUGGACGCUCUUCAGUGAUAUUGAGAUGCAGGCGCUGCCUAUUAUUGCAGAAAUGGAACACCACGGCAUCUGCGUCAACGAGGACCACCUGAAGAAGUUGGACGCCAUCUUGUUUGCCCACAUGAAGGAGGUGGAGGAGAAGUGUUACUGUGCGGCGGGCAGGAGCUUCCAGAUCACGUCGGCGCUGCAGGUGCGCAACAUCGUGUACGGCGAGCUGCGGCUGGACGAGAAGUGCAACGUCGCCGUGCGAGAGACCGUCACUAAAGCCAAGUCCACUUCCGAGGCCAUGCUUCGUCUGCUGGCCGGCGUGCACCCACUGCCGGCGCUGGUGCUGCAGUACCGGCAGCUGCACAAGGCGCGCACCACCUUCGUCGCCGGCAUCCUGCACCACGUCCGCGGCGGCGUCGUCAGACCCAAAUGGGAGCAGAACGCCGCAGUGACGGGCCGCAUCGCGUGCAACAACCCCAACCUGCAGGCCAUACCCAAGACCUUCAGCCUGACGCUAGAUCCCGAACAGGAAGGCGAUGGUGUCGUGGGCGGAGCGUCCGCAGACGCGGGCACGUUGUCGUUCCGCGGCGCGUACGUAGCGCACGCGGGUCGCGUGCUGCUGGCGGCGGACUUCCGCCACGCGGAGUGCCGCGUGCUGGCGCUGGCCGCCGCCGACGCCGCGCUCGCCGCCGCCCUCGCCAGCCCGGACCUGUUCGCCGAGCUCGCCGCACAGUGGCUGGGCAAGUCAGUGGAGGCGGUGUGUAGUGCGGAGCGCGAGCGCACUAAGCGGCUGGUGUACGCGUGCCUGUACGGCGCCGGCGCGCGCAAGAUGGCCGACAUACUGCGCAUGACCGAGGACCGCGCGAGAGACGUCAUAGACAGUUUCCACAAGUCGUUUUCGGCGCUGCGUUCUUUUGGAGAGGGUGUGGUCGCUGCGGCGCGCGGGGGGCGGCUCCGCACGCCGGGCGGGCGCGUGCGUCGCCUGCCGCAUCUCACUAGCGACGACCGAGCGGAACGCGCGCACGCUGAGCGACAGGCUGUCAAUUUUAUUGUGCAAGGGUCAGCGGCGGACCUGUGCAAGUCGGCGAUGGUGUCUUGCGGCGCGGCGCUGCGGGGGGCGGGGCUGGCGGCGCGCCCGCUGCUGCAGAUACACGACGAGCUCGUGUGGGAGCUCGAGCCGCAGGACUUGCCGGCUGCGGCGAAAGUAAUAAAGUCGGCAAUGGAGGGUUGCGGCGCGCGCGUCGGUCUGCCGGCCGCCUUCCCCGUGCAGCUCAGCGCCGGACCCAGCUGGGGGGACCUCCGGCCAUACACCGUGUGACUCCACAACACACCACAACAUCCACAACAAGCCACUGUCCCACAGCAGUGGCAAACACUCGCCAUAACACUUGCAAUACGCCACAGUGCCUACAGCACGCCACAACCACAAUGCGCCUCAAAAUCAACCAUAGCAUGACAAAACGCCUGCUACAAUACUUAUAAAUUAUAAUAAUACCCCACGGUACAUACGACAUACGAUAUUAUAAGUCUAUGGUACAUACCUACAAUACUCUACAUUAUGUCACGCGCCAGACAUGACUC